GGCCGGGACUAAGGUGUCAGCGCCGCUGCGGCCGGGGCGAGAGGCGGACGAGCCGGAGCGCGCAAGCGGCCGCGGGCGCCGGCGGGGCCGGCGGGAGCACCAUGCGGAUCGGCGCCCAGCGCCCUGCAGACCCCUCGCGAGGCAGAGAGGCCGGGGCGGCGCCGGGGCGGCGGGGAGCAUGAGGGCGGCCGGGGACCGGCUGGGUUCGGAGCUCUGUUAGGGAGCGGCGGUGUGCGCUGAGAUCUAACCGGGACGCGGCGGAGGGCGGGAGCCGAACGCCCGGGCUGUGGGCAAUUUGGACGCGGACGCAAGGGGCCCGGAGCCAGCCGGGGCUCCGGCACGCAGCCGAUCGACAUGGGCAACGCGGGGAGCAUGGACUCGCAGCAGACCGAUUUCAAGGCGCACAACGUGCCACUGAAGCUGCCGAUGCCCGAGCCAGGUGAACUGGAGGAGCGCUUUGCCAUCGUGCUGAAUGCUAUGAACCUACCUCCUGACAAAGCCAGGCUACUGCGGCAGUACGACAAUGAGAAGAAAUGGGAGUUGAUCUGUGAUCAGGAGCGUUUCCAGGUGAAGAACCCUCCCCAUACAUACAUACAGAAGCUCAAAGGCUACCUGGACCCGGCUGUAACCAGGAAGAAAUUCAGAAGGCGUGUUCAAGAAUCUACACAAGUGCUAAGAGAACUGGAAAUUUCAUUAAGAACCAACCACAUUGGAUGGGUCAGAGAGUUUUUGAAUGAAGAAAACAAAGGCCUUGACAUUCUUGUGGAGUAUUUGUCUUUUGCACAGUAUGCAGUCACUUUUGACUUUGAAAGUGUGGAAAGUACCGUGGAGAGUACGGUGGACAAAUCAAGGCCCUGGAGCAGGUCCAUCGAGGACCUGCACAGAGGGAACAACCUGCCCUCACCCGUGGGCAACAGUGUGUCCCGCUCUGGAAGACAUUCUGCACUUCGAUAUAAUACUCUGCCAAGCAGAAGAACCCUGAAAAAUUCAAGAUUAGUGAGUAAGAAGGAUGAUGUUCACGUUUGUAUCAUGUGUUUACGGGCCAUCAUGAAUUACCAGUAUGGCUUCAACAUGGUCAUGUCUCACCUACACGCCGUCAAUGAGAUUGCACUAAGUCUGAACAACAAGAAUCCCAGAACAAAAGCUCUUGUCUUGGAGCUGUUGGCAGCCGUUUGUCUUGUCAGAGGCGGGCAUGAAAUAAUUUUAUCAGCUUUUGAUAACUUCAAGGAGGUCUGCGGAGAAAAACAGCGUUUUGAGAAGCUGAUGGAACAUUUCAGGAAUGAAGAUAAUAACAUAGAUUUUAUGGUGGCCUCUAUGCAGUUUAUUAAUAUUGUAGUCCAUUCAGUAGAAGACAUGAACUUCAGAGUUCAUCUCCAAUAUGAAUUCACCAAAUUAGGCCUGGAUGAAUACUUGGAUAAGCUGAAACACACAGAGAGUGACAAGCUGCAAGUACAGAUUCAGGCUUACCUGGACAACGUGUUCGAUGUGGGCGCUCUGUUGGAAGACGCAGAAACCAAGAAUGCUGCCUUGGAGCGGGUGGAGGAACUGGAAGAAAAUAUCUCUCAUUUGUCUGAAAAGCUGCAGGACACGGAGAACGAAGCCAUGUCCAAGAUCGUGGAACUGGAAAAGCAACUUAUGCAGAGGAAUAAGGAACUGGAUGUCGUCCGGGAAAUCUACAAAGAUGCAAAUACGCAAGUUCACACGUUAAGAAAAAUGGUCAAAGAAAAGGAAGAAGCCAUUCAAAGACAGUCUACCCUGGAAAAAAAGAUUCACGAACUGGAGAAACAAGGGACCAUUAAAAUUCAGAAGAAAGGGGAUGGGGACAUUGCUAUACUGCCAGUCAUGGCCUCUGGCACGUUGUCCACGGGGUCAGAACUAGCAGUCGGUAACUAUGUGGGAUCAAUUCCAGGGGCCACCACCUCAGGACCCUCAGUCCCUCCUCCCCCACCACUACCUCCGUCAUCAGACACACCUGAAGCAGCACAAAAUGGACCGGCAUCACCACCUAUGUCCCCACCUCCUCCCCCACCACCUCCACCUCCUCCGCCUCCCCCUCCACCUCCUCCACUCCCAGGCCCUGCAGCUGAGACUGCGCCAGCUCCUCCUCUGCCACCGCCCCCACCUCCCUCUGCACCCCCUCUACCUGGGACUUCUUCACCUACAGUGGUUUUCAACUCAGGAUUAGCAGCUGUGAAAAUUAAGAAGCCAAUCAAGACAAAGUUCCGAAUGCCAGUGUUCAACUGGGUUGCCCUGAAGCCCAAUCAGAUCAACGGCACAGUCUUCAAUGAAAUUGAUGAUGAGCGGAUCCUAGAGGACUUAAAUGUGGACGAAUUCGAAGAAAUCUUCAAGACAAAAGCUCAAGGUCCUGCCAUUGAUCUUUCUUCAAGCAAGCAGAAAAUAACACAGAAGGGAUCGAGUAAAGUGACAUUAUUAGAAGCAAAUCGAGCCAAGAAUCUUGCCAUAACUUUAAGGAAAGCUGGGAAGUCUGCCGAUGAGAUAUGUAAAGCUAUCCAUGGGUUUGACUUGAAGACGCUUCCGGUUGACUUUGUUGAGUGUUUGAUGAGGUUCUUGCCAACUGAGAACGAGGUCAAAGUGCUUCGGCUGUACGAGCGAGAGAGGAAGCCCUUGGAGAACUUGUCAGAUGAGGACCGCUUCAUGAUGCAGUUCAGUAAGAUUGAGCGGCUCCUGCAGAAGAUGACCAUCAUGGCCUUCAUUGGGAACUUCACAGAGAGCAUUCAGAUGCUGACCCCCCAACUUCACGCGAUUAUAGCGGCGUCUGUCUCCAUCAAGUCAUCUCAAAAGCUCAAGAAAAUUCUGGAGAUCAUCUUGGCCCUUGGAAACUAUAUGAAUAGCAGCAAACGAGGAGCAGUCUACGGAUUUAAACUUCAGAGUUUAGAUCUGCUCUUAGAUACAAAGUCGACAGACCGAAAGCAAACGCUGUUGCACUAUAUAUCAAAUGUGGUAAAAGAAAAAUAUCAACAAGUUACUCUGUUUUAUAAUGAGCUCCAUUAUGUGGAAAAAGCUGCUGCAGUGUCCCUGGAAAACGUUCUGCUGGAUGUGAAGGAGCUGCAGAGGGGAAUGGAUUUAACCAAGCGAGAGUAUACCAUGCAUGACCACAACACACUGCUGAAAGAGUUCAUCCUUCACAACGAGGGCAAGCUGAAGAAACUGCAGGAUGAUGCUAAGAUUGCUCAGGAUGCCUUUGAUGAUGUGGUGAAGUAUUUUGGUGAAAAUCCAAAGACAACUCCACCCUCGGUGUUCUUCCCUGUCUUUGUUCGAUUUGUGAAAGCCUACAAGCAAGCAGAAGAGGAAAAUGAGCUGAGGAAAAAGCAGGAGCAAGCUCUUAUGGAAAAACUGCUAGAGCAAGAAGCUUUGAUGGAACAGCAGGGUGCAAAGUCUCCUUCCCAUAAAUCAAAGAGGCAGCAGCAAGAGUUAAUUGCGGAAUUAAGAAGGCGACAAGUUAAAGAUAACAGACAUGUGUACGAGGGAAAAGAUGGCGCCAUUGAAGACAUUAUCACAGCCUUAAAGAAGAAUAAUAUCACUAAAUUUCCAAAUGUUCACUCGAGGAUCUUAGAAACCAACCCUACAGACGAGCCGAUGCGGUGAGACGAAGUGUGAGACGGCGCUUCGACGAUCAGAACCUGCGUUCUGUUAAUGGUGCCGAAAUAACAAUGUGACUGGAGACCACCUUCAUGAGAGGGUGUCCAAGAAACUGCCAUUCCAGCCUUCACUACAGAUGAAAUACUCUCAAGGGCUCAGAUUUAGCAAACACAUAGGAAUUUAAAAAUGAUGGGUUCUCCUUUUAACCCCUGUUAACAAGUGCCUAAAAUUGGAAGUAACUUGCUCAGAUUAAUCAAAGCAAUAGGAUUUGACUUAAAAUCUUUUUACAUCAGUAUGUUACUCAGUUUUUUAACCAAAAUGUAAAUUUCAUAUUAAAUUCAUUAUUUGCCAUUGUGAUUGUCCUUAUGGCCCACCCUGAUUUCCUGGUAAUCUGUAAAUAACAGAUGUGUAUGCUAUGGGUAUCCUUUGCUGAGAGGUCUUCUAAGAAACUGUGUGUGUGAGCCAUAUUCACCAGCUCCUAACAAGGGACUGGAAACAGGAAUGGAAGCUGACAUAAAAUUACAUCCUUCUGUCAUUAAGUUUCAGCAAAAUACAAGCAGGAUGCAACUACACUGCCACUCCAAGUCAUUCAAUUCCAUCCUAUUUCAUGUUGUUUCUGUGCAAGGCUGCCAUGCACAAAGGCAUUCACUUGUAUGACUUCAAGAUGGCAUAAAACAUUGAAGAAGACUUAUUUGCAGAACUGUGUUAAGCUAGAGGCAGCUUUUAAUAAUGCAAAGGUUUAUUAAUUAGCACUAAAAUUAAUGUCUCAGUAUUCUGAUUUUUGAGGACCAUUAUGGGUGAAUCUUUAAAAUAGAAAUUGGUGCCUUGUUAGUCAGGGAGAUUCUUACCACAGCCUCUAUCAGGAAGCAUUCAAAAAUUACACGUGUCAGUGUGAUGUUGGGAACCUGGCCUUACUCUCUUCUGACAAUCGAAGGGUCCUUUUCUUUUUCUUUUGUAAAUUAUACUGAUACAGUUAACAUUAUCAGGGCUGAAUUGCUUUGUGCAUUUCUUAAGGGAAAUUCCCAUUAAAUUAACAUUGAGAUUAAGUUUAAAUUAUAUGUGAUAGGGUUAAAUGGUUGAUUAAGUUGCUUACCUUUACUUCCUCACUGACAAGGCAUUUCAAUCUUUCCCAAAGUCAAAGACUGGACUGAAGCUAAAUUUGUACUUUUCAUAAUAUAUAUUCUGCUUCUGGCUUACCUUGUUGGUACAUCAGUAUAUUGAUUGUAAAAAUGAUUGUAUAGUAUUUAACCACCAAAUCUGUGUUCAUGCGAACCCCUUGGUGAAGGCCCCCUUUUCAUGGAUGUGUAGUUAUAUGAUCUUUAAAAUGUACAGAUAUUUUGCUAUAAGAUUGGUGCAGUUUUUUAUGGUUUUUACACUUCUCUUUAAUUCCUACCUAAGCCUCUAGGUAAUACUGUAAAUAUUGUUUUAAAAUGCAUCAGCCUAUGCUACACAAUCUGAAUGUUACUUUAACUUAUAGUUUGUUUUCGGAAAUAUAUAUAUAUUUAACUACAAGGACAGUUUAAAAGUCAGUUACCACAUUUCACAGUAGUAUGCCUAUUUACAGAUCCCUUUUAAACUGCCACUUGCUGUCACAUUCAUAAAUGUGUAGUUUAAAAAGAACAUGCCAAGGUUGUUGUCUUGUUAAUAUUCAUCUUGGUGAGUAUAUUAAUUUGAUCAUGAUAUCAGACAAAUAUGUGGAUCUUCUUCACACAAAUCAGCUGUUUUCCAAAGGUGUGCAUUUGCUUAAAGCAAACUGCCUAUUUCCCAGUGUACAAAUGGACAAUAAUGUUGGCAUAUUCUUCUGUCUGUCUAUUAAUGGCCCUGCUUCCUAGCAAUAUUAGAAAUGUUUUAUAAAAGCAAUUCAUGUUACUUUUCUGGUCUUUUCAUGCCACUCGAGCAAAUAAACUAUUUACACUA